GAUCUCGUACUCGUCAUUCUCAUAGAUCAGUUUAACUUCGCUCGCUACUCAACUUUAAAAUGCUAACGUAAUACCUGUCCGGUAUCCUUCUAAGACUUUCUAUGAACUCGUAGUGUAAUGUGAGUGCUCACUUUUUCUUUCUCACUGUCUUCUCUGUUACGUAUUAUGUCUCCCCUGAAAAGCUCGAAGUUGAAGAUGAUAUAAUGACGGCAUGAAUGAAGCUGUUGUUGUUCUCUUCCUUGUCUUGACAGCCGUAUAUGCAGGAAACAAUAAUGAAGAUUGUAAAAUCCGAUUUCUUUCUAAACCAACCGCUCCAUCCCGACUGAACUUGAAUGUUACUGCUAUAACUACUUCUUUCUUUCACAAUCUGAGCAGCAAUUUUUCUGAUGUUGCCUAUCGAACUCUGUCUGCACAUUCACAGAUAGUUGGACUAAUUAUUAAAUCUCCAAACGAACGAAAUUUAGCUCUUAACAUUAAUAAUUCACUCAGGAUAUUUCCGAACAAAACGUUAGAAACUAAUACAUUUUGGAAAAGUUUCGAAAACGGUACGCAGGGUUGGACCCCGGCGUUUAAAGACUGCCGAUUUUUAAAAGGCAACUGGUUUUAUGGUUUUGUUACCACUAGAGGAAACCUUAGUACUGAAUUGUUUUUGAAGUUAGAUUUAAAUCAGUGUGAUGAAACUCUAGAAGAAAUCUUUGGAGGGUUCCAAAAAUGCGAUUACAAGACGACGAAGUGUGUCCCGGAACCAGAAUUCGGCGAUAGGAACGGAGGAUAUCGGUGUGUGUGUCGACAAGGAUUCUUUUAUCCUGAAGCCAACCUUAGCUGGAAGGGUUUUGCUGGUGAAGAUAUUGAGUCCGGAGUUAUCGAUUCACCUCGAUGUCAACCGUGUCCUACUGAGUGUGACGUUUGCGAGCCGAAUGGAAUAUGCACUGCAAGAAGGGACGUUUAUUUGAAAACUGCAAUCCUGAGCGUCCAACUGGGUUGUAUGGCUAUAACUGUUAUCAUCGCUUUAGUUGUUUUCAAACAACGUAAAACUAAGUCGAUUGCCUCUGGUAUGUGGACUAUACUGGAAACGAUUUUACUGGGAAUAUUCAUCUUGUACUGCACGGUGGUUGUACGCUUUUUCGAACCUUCCGUGGUGCAAUGUUUGCUAGAACCGUGGGCCAGAGAGGUCGGAUUCAUUAUUUGCUACGGCGCGAUUAUCUUGAAACUUUACAGACAUCUGAUCGAGUUUCGCACAAGAAAAGCACACAGAUGGGUCGUCAAAGACACAGACCUGCUCAAGUACCUACUGAUAAUGGUUAUGUCAGUGCUUGCGUAUAUGGCGGCGUAUACUUCAAUUACUCUCAACUUUAUGCAAGAGAAUUACAGCUUGCUCUACGAAGGUGUAACACAAGAUGGGGUGCAUUAUGAAGCUUGUAAAUCGUUGUGGUGGGAUUACGUUACCGAAACUGGAGAAUUAGUUAUACUGAUAUUUGGAAUACAUCUGAGUUACGCCAGCAGAAAUGCAAGGACACAAUUUCACGAGCGAAGUUUCCUGUGCGCAGCAAUCAGCAUAGAACUGGCAGUAAGCACCCUUUUUUAUAUCGCACGUAUACUGUUGCUCCCCGGACUUCAUCCGGACUUCGUUUUAAUCAUUUAUUGUUUGAGAACUCAACUAUCAACAAGUAUGACCUUAAUGUUGGUAUUCAUUCCGAAAUUCUGGUACCAACAAAAGCAGGUGAGGUCACUGGCCCAAGAAUACUCCUGCAGGAUACCGGUAGACGCAUUUAAGGAUGUUAACGCACACGGUCCACUAACGGGCAACAAUAGCGAUGUCGAUGUAGGUGAGGUCACUUUGGCCGACAUGAGUCCAGACGACAUCAGAGCUGAACUUAAAAGACUUUACCUGCAACUGGAACUUUUUAAAAGCAAAACCAUUUGCAGAGAUAAUCCACACAUAUCCAAACGUCGCGGAGGUAGAAAGGCUCAACAUCGCAGGUUUAGUUUGCAGAAAAAAGGAAGCAGAGAAAAGAAAACUGAUGACAUCAUUAAAAAAAUUGAAAUAAAUAAUUUGCACGGAAAGCACCGCGUACAGAAGCAGGAAGAAACAACGGAGGCGGAACCGUCCAGGACUCCUGAGGACUCGGUUUGUAGCAACGAGGGCCCCAGCGCCAUAUAUAACGACCUACCAUCAACCGCUCAUACAGCCGACCAUAAAUAGAGCAGAUAAUCCCAUGUUGCAUUAAGAUAGAGAAUUUGUAUCAUUGUAGAUUUACAGUCGUGUAUUAUGCAUCCGUUAUUUAGAGAUUUUUGUAGGUGCCAAUCAUGUUAAUGUCUGUCUCUGUGUCCGAUUCAUUACACUGCGUUUUCCUACACUUAUUCGUAGGAGUGCAAACAGUAAUUCUGAAUUCUUGUUGUCAAUCAGAUUUCUAAACUUGACCUAAACUAAUAAGCUGCGUGUAAAAGACAAAGUUUAAUAGAGGCAUUUCGCUCAAGACAAUUUUUUUAAAAAAGCAAACUAAUAAAAUUAGAAUUAAUAAAAAAAUCUCUAAAUAACCAAACUGGAUAAAUCAAAAAAACGAUCAAAUUCAAACCAUGUCAAAAAAACAAUCCAACUUCAAAUUGCGUCCAAUUCAUUUUAUACCUCAGUCCCUAGUUAACGUGCUUCGUGAGUUGGAAUUUUUGUAUCCUGUUCAGCUUUAGUCUAUAGAAUGCUUAUUGUUAAGCUCAUCAAGUUUCUUUUGUUGCAUUUUAGAUUGAGAGGGUAUGGGACCAACUAGCCCAAACAUCUGUUUUGUUUCUAACGCAAAAAAAAUCUGAAAAUGGAAAAUUCGAUUCUUUUUGCAUGGUCCAUUUUUUAUGGUGGUUUGUUGGCGCUGUUCCGUAUAGUCCCCAAUUGCAGAUGGCGCCACCACAAAGAACUGGUCCAAGUUUAAAGAUUUUUUAAGUGAUAUUAUUAAAGGGUCUUUUAAUUCUUUGUGAUUGUCUGUAACUUUACCAAAUAAUUAUUGUUAUUAUGUAAAAAGCGUUAGAGCCGAGUUGUAUAAUAAACUAUAAUUUUGUACAUAG